AUGUCCGAGUUGCGCGCGAACGGCGGUUGCUUUGUCAACUACCCUACGCUCUCUACGCCACGGAUGUCGAGUUCCAACCCUUCGAGCGUCCGGCUGGUCGAUACGGGGUACUACAGAGCCAUGGCUGACAUCCGGGUCAUUCACCAGAAGAAAACCCGCCUCGUGGAAUGCUCGACGCUGAAGACGUUGUGCGAAACCGCCGGGUGUCAUCGGACCGACUGA